AUAUGGUCUACAAUUUUCUACCAUCUCUCUCUCUCUAUCUCUAUAUCUCUCUCUCUAUUAUAGAAGGAAGCUAAGGAGAAAAGAUCAACCUCAGAAUCUGCCAGUGGUAAUGGAGUACUACAUGGAUGAGAAACGGAAACUGUCGAAGGAUGAAUCGAGUAGCUAUUCCUCUACUUCUUCAAAGUCAUCUCUCAUGAAGAGCUUCUCACAAAAGAGCUCCACCUCGAAGUCUCCCCUUCUAAAGAGUUUCUCCAAGAGCUCUUCUUUCAAGUCUAAUCUCUCAAGGAGUUCUUCACAAAAAAGCACUUGUUCCAAAUCUCCUCUUUCAAGGAGUUCUUCACAAAAGUGCUCUAAUUUUAGCCGUAAAUGUAGUAGCUUGGCAAAGGAACAGAGGGCAAAGUUUUACAUCGUGAAGCGCUGCGUCACAAUGCUUGUGUGUUGGCAUAAGCACGGUGAUUCGUAAAGGAAAGAGAUCUAGCCAUAUAGAGAGCCUGAGCAAGAGGACAAUCUUUAUCUUUGCUCCCACUCUCUCACUUUUCUGGCAGAUGGCUAUUGAGUUUGUUUUCUGCCAUCUCAUUGAGAAGAAGUGAUUAAUACAAAAUUUUCUCUUUUAUGUAUUUAGAUUUAGAUUCAAAGAUGAUGAGCAGUAAGCUUACAAAUUUUAAACAUUAAUAUGACAUCAGUAGUUCUCAAUCAAAUCCAAUUACUCAAAAAAAACUCCUCAUUUUGUGUUUGGAGGGUGAGCUGUAUUAUUUGUCAUCUCUUUCAUCUUUUUUUGUGUUCCUCUUCUUUUUUCAAUCUUGUUCUAUAUUUAUGUUCCUUUUUUCUUGAUGAGAGAGAGAUUCCCUUCAGUCAUGGGAACCAUAAAAUACAAGAAGACAUAACUAGUAAAUAGAUCCACAUAGGGAAUGCAAA